UAAUAUAAAAUUAUGAAACUGAUAUUUUCCUUGAUAUUAGCAAUAAUGUUAUCCUUAGCAUUAGCUAUGACUCCAAUAUAUACCUCUUUGGAUUGCCAAGAGUGUCGUAGGAAAGAUCACAGAGUUUGUAAAGGCAACUUUGAAUAUCAAAUACCUUAUUGCUGAGAACAAGACGAUAAUGAGUUCCCUUGUUAUAAUGAAACGGAUUCUAUUUGAAGUGACGAGCUCGAUCCAGAUCAUGGAUUUGCCUCUCGCUACAUCUUGUGUCCUUAUGAAUUAUGAGAGUACUCCAUUUUUAUAUAUGAUAAUUUGACUUCUCACGAUCAGGUGCCAGUAGGUCGCUACAAUUAUUGCGUAAACGAAGUUUUCUUUGUUGGCACAAGACCAAUAGAACUGAGUCUUUCUGGUGUAGAAGAAAAUGGAGUUAAGGUAGAAGCUUGGAAGAAAUUCCCUGAUGCCAGCGUUAGAAGACUCGGUCAUCCAGAAGGUUUAACAGUACCGGUAGAGGGUAAUCAUUUCCAUGUCUAUAUGGUUGCAGAAGGACAGCCAGAAGGAUUCGGAAGGUAUUAUACUUUGGACACAAAGGUAACAAUCAAAGGAGUGCAAGAAAAAGUGUUGGAUGGAGAUUUAAAAGUAGAAACAAUGGAAUAUUAAAAAUUUC